AGUUCAUUAAUUCAUUUCAUUCAUUUGUGUAUGUGGCAGCCGCGGGUGCAUAUUCGUCAUUUUCUAUACAAAUAAAAAAAUACUUUAUUGAUUUAUUUUUCUUCAUGUAGAAAUUAAAUUGGAAUAACCCCGCCAUAUAAGACGGUUGCUCAUAAGUCUAUUUGGAUUAGUUAGAGCAGAAAAAGUUCACAACCAUGGCCCAAGUGUUGCCGAUACGUUUUCAGGAGCACUUACAGCUCACCAACAUCGGAAUAAAUCCCGCCUCCAUCUCCUUUAACACACUUACAAUGGAGUCGGACAAGUUCAUCUGCGUCCGCGAGAAGGUCGGCGAGACAUCCGAGGUUGUCAUCAUUGAUAUGGCGGACCCAACCAACCCCAUCAGGAGGCCGAUCAGUGCCGAUUCAGCCAUCAUGAACCCGGCCAGCAAGGUCAUCGCGCUUAAGGGCAAAGCUGGGGUGGAGGCAGCGCCAAAGACCCUCCAAAUAUUCAACAUCGAGAUGAAAUCUAAGAUGAAGGCGCAUACGAUGACCGAGGACGUCGUGUUUUGGAAGUGGAUCUCCCCCAACACUCUCGCCUUGGUGACAAAGAUGUCUGUCUACCACUGGUCCAUGGAAGGAGACUCCACUCCGGUCAAAAUGUUCGAUCGGCAUUCAUCGCUUGCCGAAUGUCAAAUUAUCAACUAUAGGACUGAUCCAAAACAGCAAUGGCUACUGCUAGUGGGUAUAUCAGCGCAACAGAAUCGUGUAGUAGGAGCAAUGCAACUCUACUCUGUGGAACGCAAGUGCUCUCAGCCCAUCGAAGGGCACGCCGCGUCUUUUGCGACCUUCAAGGCGGAAGGCAACGCCGAGCCCUCUACGUUAUUCUGCUUCGCUGUGAGAACAGCACAGGGCGGCAAGCUGCACAUUAUCGAGGUGGGCCAGACACCAGCUGGCAACCAGCCGUUUCCCAAAAAGGCAGUAGACGUGUUCUUCCCAGCUGAGGCACAAAACGAUUUUCCCGUGGCAAUGCAAGUGUCGCCAAAGUACGAUGUGAUAUACCUGAUCACUAAGUACGGCUACAUACACAUGUAUGACAUCGAAACCGGAACUUGUAUCUACAUGAACCGCAUCUCCUCGGAUACCAUAUUUGUGACCGCUCCACAUGAGUCAACUGGAGGAAUUAUUGGUGUAAACCGUAAAGGCCAAGUUCUCUCGGUAACGGUGGAGGAGGACUCCAUAGUGCCAUACAUUAACACGGUGCUACAGAACCCUGAACUGGCACUGCGUCUCGCCGUGAGGAACAAUCUUGCCGGUGCUGAGGAGCUGUUUGUUAGGAAGUUCAACAUGCUCUUCACCAACGGACAGUAUGGGGAGGCUGCUAAAGUAGCAGCCAUGGCCCCGCGUGGCAUUCUCCGCACGCCACAGACCAUCCAGCGAUUCCAGCAGGUGCCAACUCAGCCUGGACAGACGUCUCCCCUUCUACAAUACUUCGGCAUACUGCUGGAUCAGGCUCAGCUUAACAAGUUCGAGUCGCUCGAGCUGUGCCGUCCGGUGCUACUGCAAGGUCGUAAGCAACUCUUAGAGAAAUGGCUCAAAGAGGAAAAGCUUGAGUGCUCAGAAGAGCUGGGAGACCUCGUGAAGCAAGUCGAUGCCUCCCUUGCGUUGUCCGUCUACUUGCGGGCGAACGUCGCCAGCAAAGUCAUACAGUGCUUCGCAGAGACCGGCCAGUUUCCGAAAAUUGUGCUUUAUGCUAAGAAGGUGGGCUACACACCCGAUUACAUCUUUCUGUUGCGUUCUGUAAUGCGAACGAACCCCGAGCAAGGAGCCGGCUUCGCGGGUAUGCUGGUCGCUGAAGACCCCCCUUUGGCUGAUAUCCAGCAGAUUGUGGAUGUUUUCAUGGAACAAAACAUGGUUCAGCAAUGCACCGCCUUCCUAUUGGAUGCUCUGAAGAACAACCGACCAGAAGAAGGCCCCCUACAAACAAGGUUGUUGGAAAUGAACCUGAUGUCGGCCCCGCAAGUGGCGGACGCGAUCCUCGGCAACGGCAUGUUCACACACUACGACCGCGCGCACGUUGCACAGCUCUGCGAGAAGGCAGGCCUCUUACAGCGGGCGCUCGAACACUACACGGAUCUUUACGACAUCAAACGCGCUGUGGUUCACACCCACUUGUUAUCAGCAGACUGGCUUGUCAGCUACUUUGGCACCCUUUCAGUGGAAGAUUCCCUUGAGUGCCUCAAGGCUAUGCUCCAAGCCAACAUUCGCCAGAAUUUGCAGAUCUGCGUACAGAUUGCCACCAAAUACCACGAACAACUCACCACUAAGUCACUGAUCGAGUUGUUUGAGAGUUUUAAGACUUAUGAAGGCCUUUUCUAUUUCCUCGGGUCUAUUGUUAACUUCAGCCAGGACUCUGAAGUUCACUUCAAGUACAUUCAGGCCGCCUGCAAGACUGGUCAGAUCAAAGAAGUGGAACGCAUAUGUCGCGAGUCCAACUGCUAUAACGCUGAGCGCGUAAAGAAUUUCCUGAAAGAAGCUAAGUUACCCGACCAGCUGCCACUUAUCAUCGUUUGCGACCGAUUCGACUUUGUACACGACCUUGUGCUGUAUCUGUAUAGAAACAGCCUGCAGAAAUACAUCGAGAUAUACGUGCAAAAGGUGAAUCCAUCUCGUUUACCCGUGGUCGUGGGCGGAUUACUUGACGUUGAUUGCGCUGAAGAUAUCAUCAAGAACUUGAUACUUGUGGUGCGCGGACAGUUCUCUACUGAUGAGUUAGUUGCUGAAGUUGAAAAGAGAAACAGGUUGAAGUUGCUUCUUCCAUGGUUGGAAACCCGUGUUCAUGAAGGUUGCAAUGAACCAGCUACGCACAAUGCUCUCGCCAAGAUCUAUAUUGAUUCCAACAAUAAUCCUGAGCGGUUCCUUAAAGAAAACCAAUGGUACGACUCGAGAGUCGUCGGUCGUUACUGCGAGAAACGCGAUCCUCAUCUCGCAUGCGUUGCGUACGAACGAGGGCAAUGCGAUCGUGAACUGAUCGCUGUUUGCAAUGACAAUUCGCUGUUCAAGACGCAAGCGCGCUACCUUGUGCGUCGUCGCGACCAGGACCUGUGGCUCGAGGUCUUAGCUGAAUCCAACCCUUUCAAGCGACAGCUCAUCGACCAGGUAGUGCAAACAGCACUCUCCGAAACUCAAGACCCUGAGGACAUUUCUGUGACAGUGAAAGCCUUCAUGACCGCCGACCUGCCCAAUGAACUGAUAGAGUUGCUAGAGAAGAUUGUGCUAGACAAUUCAGUGUUCUCUGAUCACAGGAAUCUGCAAAACUUGCUCAUUUUGACAGCUAUAAAGGCGGACCGCACUCGCGUUAUGGAAUAUAUUAACCGAUUGGAUAACUAUGAUGCACCGGAUAUCGCGAAUAUCGCAAUCAACAACGAACUCUACGAGGAGGCCUUUGCUAUCUUUAAGAAGUUCGACGUCAACACCUCUGCUAUACAAGUUCUAAUUGACCAAGUGAAUGACCUGAAACGCGCUUACGAAUUCGCCGAACGAUGCAACGAGCCCGGCGUAUGGUCGCAACUCGCCAAAGCGCAGCUUCAACAAGGCCUGGUGAAGGAAGCCAUAGAUUCAUACAUCAAGGCCGAUGACCCAUCCGCUUACCUUGAUGUGGUCGCUACAGCUUCCAAACAACAAUCUUGGGAUGAUCUCGUGCGAUAUUUGCAGAUGGCACGUAAGAAAGCUCGCGAAUCAUACAUCGAAUCCGAACUUAUCUACGCAUACGCUCGUACUGGGCGGUUGGCUGAUCUGGAGGAAUUCAUAUCGGGACCUAACCACGCAGACAUUCAGAAGAUCGGAGACCGCUGCUUCGAAGAUAAAAUGUUCAAUGCGGCAAAGUUGUUAUACAACAAUGUUAGCAACUUCGCUCGCCUGGCUAUCACAUUGGUGCAUCUGAAGGAAUUCCAAGGUGCGGUGGACAGUGCCCGCAAAGCAAACUCGACCCGCACGUGGAAAGAAGUUUGCUUUGCGUGCGUAGACGCGGGCGAGUUCCGUCUGGCGCAGAUGUGCGGACUGCACAUCGUGGUGCACGCUGACGAACUUGAGGAUCUCAUCAACUACUACCAGGACCGAGGUCACUUUGAUGAACUCAUCAGCCUGCUUGAAGCCGCCUUAGGUCUGGAGAGAGCCCACAUGGGCAUGUUCACGGAGCUAGCCAUCCUAUAUUCGAAAUACAAGCCCGCCAAGAUGCGCGAACACUUGGAACUGUUCUGGUCGCGUGUUAACAUACCAAAGGUACUGCGUGCAGCGGAACACGCGCACCUAUGGUCGGAGCUCGUGUUCCUGUACGACAAAUAUGAAGAGUAUGAUAACGCGGCACUCACCAUGAUGCAACACCCAACCGAGGCCUGGCGAGAGGGACACUUUAAAGACAUUAUUACCAAGGUCGCUAACAUGGAGCUUUAUUACAAAGCCAUCCAAUUCUAUCUGGACUUCAAGCCUCUCCUACUUAACGACCUCUUGCUCGUACUGGCGCCUCGGAUGGACCACACCAGAGCGGUCGCGUUCUUCACCAAAGCAGGCCACCUGCAACUUGUGAAGGCCUACCUGCGGUCCGUGCAGAGUCUCAACAACAAGGCUGUGAACGAAGCCCUUAACUCACUGCUUAUAGAUGAAGAGGACUAUCAGGGUCUACGAACGUCGAUAGACGCAUUCGACAACUUCGACACAAUUGCGCUGGCGCAACAAUUAGAGAAACACGAACUGACUGAAUUUAGAAGAAUCGCCGCCUACUUAUACAAAGGUAACAACCGAUGGAAACAAAGUGUGGAACUGUGCAAGAAGGACGCACUCUACGCGGACGCGAUGGAGUACGCGUCGGAGUCCCGGCAACCGGAAGUGGCCGAAGAGCUCCUUGAUUGGUUCCUCGAGAGAAAUAACUUUGAAUGUUUCUCCGCCUGCCUUUACCAGUGUUACGAUUUGCUGAAACCUGACGUAGUAAUCGAAUUAGCGUGGAGGCACAAUAUAAUGGACUUCGCUAUGCCGUUCCUUAUUCAGACGGUACGCGAGCUCACAACAAAAGUGGAGAAAUUAGAAGAAGCUGAUGCAAAACGCAGCACCGAAAGUGCCGAGCAGGAAGCCAAGCCCGCGAUGAUCAUGGAGCCGCAGCUUAUGCUCACCGCUGGCCCCUCGAUGCCGUACCCCGGCGUGGCAGCACAAGCGUCAUCGCCCUACGCCUACGCAGCCCAGGCUCCGUCACCCGCGCCCUACCACGGCUACGGCAUGUAGGGACCCGCCGCCCCGCACUGGCGGGCCAUGGCCACAUACAACAACUUCUGAGCAUACCACACCAACGGACUGUACACCCGACACCCUACAAUACACCCUACGACCCACCGAAACGCCAUGGAAAUGCUUAUAAACAGUGAAGUUGCACUAACAAGGAUUGAUUAUAUCUAAAACAUUACCGCAAGUAUGCGGAUCAGCGAUUAACACAUGCGACCAAGUAGCCUGCAUACGUCGUGCGAGACUUUUCUGGUUACUAUGUAAAAACCAUUCUAAAUACCUCGCAUCAUGGUUUAAGAGUGCGUUAUAUUAAAGUGUAGACUAGCCGAGCGAAGACAAGAAGUACGGAAAUCUAAUCAGUUGUACAUUUUGUCCACGCUUUAGUGCAAACAGUAUUAGCGGUUAGAAAAAAAGCGUCUGACAGUAAAAUUAUACUAUCUAAGCCUUGGCUAAGUGCCUGGACACUUAAUUUAACUGCACCAAUGAUAAACCAUCACCUCAACUGAGCCUGGUGGGUUACAACAGAAGUUCUUUCUGGCACCAUUUGGGUGCUAAAACUUUUUUAAAUAUUUAGAUCUAUCUGUUCGCUAAAUCAGUCGCACAGUCAGGUUGAAGUCUUUAAGUAUGCGACAAGAAAAUUCUUGCAUAAAACGUACUCACUAAACUAAUUUUAUCGAUCUCUAUUGUUAAUAUCCACAAAAAACGGAUGCAACAAGUCAAUAGAUCGAUAUCAAAUUGCAUGUAAGAUCUGACGUCAAAAUAACCAUGUUGUCGUGUAUUUAUGGUGUACCACGUAAUAAACUCUAUUGCAUUUUCGAUAAAGAAUGCUAUUAAAUAUAAACUUCAAAAUAUAAUAGAUUUUUUUUAUUAAGUAGCAUGGCCUAAUUCAGAUGUUUAGUUCCAUAAAAAUGGCGACUUAAUCGAAAAUGGUGAGAGAUUUAAAAUAUAGUUUUGAUGGUAGUAGGUGGGUCCAACAAUGCAGCUGAAUGGUAAUGUCGGCCUGUACAAACAUAUUUAAAUAUUUCAUAGCUCUCAAAUUUACAAACAUUUAAUGUAGAGAGUUCAAUAAAUAGUUAUCUAAUGUUGAUAUU